CACGCAGUGUGUUUGUCUACCCCAAGCUUUCAUGUGAAAGAUGGCCAAGCAGGAAGACAUUUGGAAAGUUUUUGUUCCGUACACUAUCGUAUCAUCUCCCAAAGGUCAUCUUUGUGGGAAGCUCAAUGAACAAUUGAAGCUUGUUUACAUAUCAGGGAUAUUGGAUAAAUCGGAAUCAACAAAUGCUGAUAAAAUCGGUCGGUGGGAGUCAUCAGAAACACAUCUGAAUUAUCAUGACAAGAACAGCAACUUUGCUGUGUACUUAAACAUGUCAUUGACUGGACAGAUGGAAUGUGAUGUUGUGAUUGAAAAGCAUUCAGUUGUUAGUAGUUGCAUCAUCUACAAUCCAGAUGACCUUGUCAAGUCCUAUUUUAUAACCUGCAGGGAUAGAAUAACAGACCGAGGAACAUCGAGGACAGGCAUCCUACAAACUGUUAUAAAUUACAUACAAGAAUUCCAACAAAACACAAAGUUGAACUACAAGGAAAAUAAUAUAUUUCCAACCAGUGUAUUUGUCAGAUGUGUGAUUAAGAUGUUUGGACUUUUUCAUCUUCUUAAGCUAGCCUUGGAUAACAGGAUUACCCGACGUUAUGGCAUUGUGAAGCAGGUCCUGGACACACCAGCUUUUGUUCACCAACUAUCCAAUCGCUGUAAACAAAACGAACAAGUGACAUGUGAGAUACCCACACCACUGCAACAUUUCAGGUGUAUGGAUGCCCUCAGUCGUCAGGUUGUGGACACUGGACUUGGAGUCACAGUUAUGUAUUUCCUGAUGCAGAGUGACAUCAGUGACAUAGUCGCAGCAUCAGUAUCAUCCUGGGCAGAUCAAACAGCUGAUAACCUGUCCCUGCUGUUGGAGUGGUUGAUGGGGGUUCCUGCUGGGCUAAAGUUAAACAACCAGCUCACACAAUACCUUGGUCACUUCUUCGUCUAUCACAUCUACUUGUGGAAAGGUUACCUGUACCUGUUAAAUCCUGUCCUCAGUGGAGUGCUAUGGUACUUGCUGUGUGUGGGUGUACUUGGUUUGACGUCCCAGCUAUGUGUACUUCAGGACGUUGUUUCCAUGAUGACGUUGCAUGUCUACUGCUUCUAUGUCUAUGCUGCAAGGCUUUACCGUCUGCAGGUGUACACAUUGUCUGCCCUGUGGAGAUUGUUCCGUGGUAAAAAGUGGAACACCCUACGACAGCGAGUUGAUUCCAGCUCCUUUGACGUGGACCAGCUGUUUGUCGGGACAUUGCUCUUCACUGUUCUUCUGUUUAUGCUACCUACCACCAUGCUAUAUUACACAGUAUUCACCAUGUUGAGGUUGCUAACACUCUUGGUUCAUGGCUUAUUGACCAAUGUUGUCCACUUUCUCAAUCAUUUCACCGUCCAUACCGUGUGCCUGUGGCUUGUACACCCUAAAAGUGUGACAGAUAACAUUGUGUUCAACGCAAUACCAUCAGACAAGGAAAAUGGUGACUGCAUAUUUUCCAUGCAAGUUACCCCACCAUCUUUCUACAAACUACUUAACUUAAGUCGUCAGCUAUGUAAAAGAAAGAAGGAUGUCACUGAAAGUUGGGGAUCUUUUGUCACUAGUCUUUUUAAGGGACACCUGGUGUGUCCAUGGAUAGACCUUAACGGCAUCAACAGAGACAAAGCUCAGUGAAGUAUAAAGUGAUUGACCCAAGAUGUAUCAUCAGAGACCGUUCUUGUUGAAAGAAACCAGGGACGGAGAAGAAUCCUUGCAAAAAUGAUUACUCAUGUUUCUAUGGAUGGAGGAGACAUUUAAUAUGUCCUUAGAUGGAAAAAGACCACUUGUGUGACCAUGGACAGAAGAGGCACAACUCGGUUGGAUGGAAAAGACUCUUCAUGUUCAGAUUGAUGGUGACAUGGAUAAGGUGCCUCAUAUUACCAUAUAUAGAAGGGGUACAGUACCUGGUCAUACUUACAUUGAUGGGAGAAGCACUCUAUAUUUCCAUAGAUUGUUCAUAGAUGGGAGGAGUACCUCAUAUUUCAAGGAUGAGAGGGACAUCUUUAAUUUCCAUUGAUGGGAGGGGCACCUCAUAUUUCCAUGUAUGGGAGGGGCACCUCAUAUUUCCAUGUAUGGGAGGGGCACCUCAUAUUUCCAUGUAUGGGAGGGGCACCUCAUAUUUCCAUGGAUGGGGCACCUGAUGUUGACAUGGAUUUGAAGGGACACCUGAUGUGGACAUGGAUUUGGAGGGACACCUGAUGUUGACAUGGAUUGGGAGGGACACCUGAUGUUGACAUGGAUUUGAAGGGACACCUGAUGUUGACAUAGAUUUAGAGGGACACCUGAUGUUGACAUGGAUUUGAAGGGACACCUGUUGACAUGGAUUUGGAGGGACACCUGAUGUUGACAUGGAUUUGAAGGGACACCUGUUGACAUGGAUUGGGAGGGACAACUGAUGUUGACAUGGAUUUAGAGGAACACCUGAUGUUGACAUGGAUUUGGAGGGACACCUGAUGUUGACAUGGAUUUGAAGGGACACCUGUUGACAUGGAUUGGGAGGGACACCUGAUGUUGACAUGGAUUGGGACACCUGAUGUUGACAUGGAUUUGAAGGGACACCUGAUGUUGACAUGGAUUUGGAGGGACACCUGAUGUUGACAUGGAUUGGGAGAGACACCUGAUGUUGACAUGGAUUUGGAGGAACACCUGAUGUUGACAUGGAUUUGAAGGGACACCUGAUGUUGACAUGGAUUUGGAGGGACACCUGAUGUUGACAUAGACGGAAGGGGCACAUCAUAUUUCCAUGGAUUAGAGGGGCACCUCAUAUUUCCAUUGAUGGGAGGGGCACCUCAUAUUUCUAUAGUUGGUAGGGCACCUUAUAUUUCCAUGGAUGGGAGGGGCACCUCAUGUUUCCAUGGAUGGUAGGGUACCCCUUAUUUCUUUGGAUUGGAGGGGCACCUCAUAUUUACAUGAAUGGAAGGGGCACCUCAUAUUUCCAUGGCUGGGAGGGCAUCUCAUAUUUCCAGGAUGAGAGGAACACCUCAAAUUUCCUUGUAUUUGGGGGGCACUUAUUUUUCCAUGGAUUAGAGGUGCACCUCAUAUUAUCAGGAUCAGAGGGGCACCUCAUAUUUCCAUGGAUGUUAGGGCACUUAAUAUUUUCAGGAUGAGAGGAACACCUUAUAUUUCCAUGGAUUGGAGGGGCACCUCAUAUUUCCAUGGAUUGGAGGGGCACCUCAUAUUUCCAUUGAUGGGAGGGGCACCUCAUAUUUCUAUGCAUGGGAGGGCACCUCCAAUUAUCAGGAUGGGAGGGGCAUCUCAUAUUUUCAGGAUGGGAGAAACGCCUCAUAUUCCAAUGGAUAGCAGGGGCACCUCAUAUUUCCAUGGAUAGCAGGGGCACCUCAUAUUUCCAUGGCUGGGAUUAGCACUUCAUAUUCCGUGGAUGGGAGGACAACUCAUAUUCCCAUGGACGGGAGGGGCCGAUUUGUCCAUGGAUGGGGCCCGAGGGGCACCUUCUAUUUCCAUGGAUGGAAGAAACGCAACUCUUGUUUCCAUAAAUAAAGGAUACAAAUUUUAUUGAUCGAAGAGACCCAUUUGUUUGAUUAUGAAAUAGACACCUUCCAUUGCAAAGAAGAUGCAUGUUUGUUUAUCAAAACUGAGACUCGUUCAAAGAUGGGCGAAACACUUAAUGUGUAUGUUGACGAGAGACUUUUUGUGCUGGACAUGAAAGCGUAUGGCGUUUGCAUAGGUCAAACCCUGCCUAAGAGAAUCACCUGGUAUGUCUUUGAAAGAAACACUGCCAAACACUGCUACAACAAAUUCAAAUUCAAAUUAAUUUUAUUCUCUUUUCACAUAUUGACAUGAUGUAUAGAGAAAAACAUAUUUACAAUAUAACAUGUGUAUUCUGUAUAAACGUUUGCCGACAUUACACAAUGUCAACUUGUGCGGUGUCUGAUAAUUAGGCUGAGCCUCAGGAAUUAAAAUUUAAACAAAAUAAAAAUAAACGUUCUUAAAGAACAGAAUUAAA